AUUUUGAGAUUUCGGGACAGUUUCAACAGUUUCCAAAGUCACGUUUCCACGUUCUUUGUGUUCAGUUGUAUUUUGCCCGUGUAAGCAUGCGCUCACAAUCAAGAUGGCGGCAAAACUUCAAAAAACUCUCACUUAAAACUAAUUUUCGCUAUGACACAAAUUCGGGAAACAAUUGAAGCACUUUGCAACGUCCUAAGCAACCAUUCCACUUCACAGGUCUCUGCAGAGAGUUUCCGCUUGGCCAAGUUCGAUAAAGAUGAAGCAACAGAGUCGCUAUGGCUGACACUUCGGACAGUUCUUUCUGUGGACGAUUUAGAACCCGAAUCUAUCAGAAGAGAUAACAUAGUGAGUUUCUGUAAGCAUAAGCUGUUUCACAAAGGAUAUCGAGUGAAUAAAUUUUACCAGCUCCCAGAAGAUAUGUCUUGUGGCAGCAGGGAAUUGAUGUUAGCUCUAGGCUGGUUAAUUGCGAAGGAAGAUGUCAUGUCUGCCUCACUGACAAAGCUGGAGCCGGUGAUUUUUGAGGAUCCUCCGCUGGACUCGUCUUUGUAUGAAAAGAUUCCCUUACCUAGAGGACUAGAUGCUCUUUCAGAACUGAAAAAUAAAAAAGAUCAUAACAACGCCAUUGAUCUUGCUGAAAGUUUAAUUUUCAGGUACAACAAAUUACACUCUUCGUUGAAAAGCCUUUUGGGUGCAAAGAAUGAACACGUAAAAGUUAUCUGCAAAUUACAUUCAAUACCAAAAAGCUCCAAGUCUCAAAGUUCUGGCCAUUUUUCAUCACAAGACAUCUACUUUUUGCGUUACCCAAAUGAACUUGAAAAAUAUCAAGAGAAGCUUGAAUGGUUUUGUGGCUAUGCAAAGGCUCUUAUUUGCUGGUCUUUAAAUGAGCUUACCUUCUGGAAAUGGAUGGAGACUGUAUUGGAUGGAAAAAUAUCAGAUGAGGGAGCAAAGGACACUGGUGUACAGAGUGAUGAUAUUCGACUACAACAGCAGUUUUCACCAAGCAGUGAUUUGCAACUUGCCAAAGGGCAUCAAGUAACACUUUCCCAAAUCUUGCACACUCAAGAACCAACCUACAGGAAAGUUUCUAAAACAUGGAAGAAGAUCAAAGCAAGUCUUCAAUCUUGUGAAGAAGGACGAGCUAAUUUAGCAGAUGCAUUAUCUUUGCUUGAUAGUAAACUUUUGUCAGAAAUAAGAGAACUUCAGAAAUAUUCAUUGAAGUGUCAGAAGAAACCUAAAGCCAGAGGUUCUGUUUGUUUGAGAAAAUUAACUCAAGGAGAAUCCAAUAAGGCAUCAAGGACAACCAAAGAAACUGCAAACACCUCCAUGGCAUCAGAUGAAAUAUCAAGGUUGCGACAAGAAAAAAAGGCACUUCAAAAUCAACUCAGAAGCUUAGAGGAAGUACACAGGGAAAAGAUGUUGCAAAUUUGCCAGGUUCGGCAAGAUCUUGUCUGUAUUUCCCCAGGUAUGACAACUAAUAUUAUGUAACUUGAUUCAUGUAGAUUUACUAACAGAGGGGGUGGUUAUGGUAAAAUCUAACACUGAAACUAUUGAUUGGCAAUGUUACACCCCAAUAACACCAGCAAAACAUGUUUAGUUAUAAUACCACUCAAAACAUCAGAUCUAGUAAAGUUUUGCUGCAUUGGCAACAAUACACACUGUAAGGAUUUUUAUCCUAUAAUUGCGAAAAAAGGUAAAAAACUUUAAAUUAAUUGCAUGAAAAUUCCUUUGCUUCCUCUUUUCCUGAUGCUCAAAACUCAUUUUGAGCAUCUUGAUACUACACUUGAACAUCUUGAAAGUGAACUCGAGUCUGGAACAUCUAAGGUUUUGAGAGGUGAGGAUCAAGAAUUGAGUUUUGAUGAUCAAGUUUGAUGGGAAUGUCAACUUACUUUUUGCGGUAUUGUAAACCAGGUUUAAAUGAAUGAAAUUCAGAAACAGAGAACUGAUAGGCUAAAUUUUCCAUGAGAUUUAGUAGUCAGUUAGUGUGCUAAAUUUGAAGUUGGAAAAACAUUUGUUUAAGCAGCUUCUAUGAAGAAUACAAAUUAAAGCCAUGGUUAACAAAAUGGCUUUAAAGCACGAUAAAGCUUUGGUGUGAAUGUGGUAUUAUACUGAAGAUUUUGAAAUGCCAAUAUGAAAGGAGGCAAAUAUAUAGGAUGUGGUUAUUUGUUAUAAAGACUAUUGAAAAAAAUUAACAAUUUUCAAGGCUAUGUUUUCCACUUUGGAAAAGGAACAAAAAGGAACAAAAUAAUAAUUAGUUCUCAUUCCACCCUGCCAUAUUUACCCUCUUGGUUUUUCACCUCAUUGCUUCCUUUCUUCUUCUUUGCUCCCUUUUAAUACACCUCCUUCUGAUUCUCCCCUCUUCAUCUAAAAUAAUAUGUGUUCCCAGGACUGUGUCUUUGUCAAUGUAGAUCAUGUCCUUAGGAGGAUCCCUCUUUAGUGUACAUGUGGUUGAGUCUGGGGCUUACUCCAAAAAAAAGUUUAAAACUGGAUGCCAGCUUGUUUCAAGUUUUAAAAUAUAAUGGCAACAGUAAGAUUCUUCUAUAGAACCUGAUAUGGUAAAGGUUUUUCUUAAGCAUAAUUAAAAAGCAGUUCUCUCUUACCUUGUCACUUAUGUCUAGCUUGUAAAAUGAAUUUAACUUAUGACCAAAAUGUAGCACAUAAUGCAUUACUCAGACUCUGUGGCAAGGGAAAUUUGGGCUGCACUUGCUUUUUGUUGAAUCAAAGAUACCUUUAAGGUAGGACUGGUAGCAAUACAGAGAAAAUUUAAAAGAA